AUUUUUAUGUAUGUACUGGGUCAUGUUGUAAAAAUGGCUGACGUUUACGAGUCACGGCUAAAAAACGUUUCUGAACAACUGAGGUUGAGGGUGGUUGGGCUGGGAGUUUCGUAGAGCAAAGCACAAAGGAGAACCCUUGGAAGUCCCACACCUGAAAAGGAACCUAAAGCCUGCGCAUUGACUCUUUCGAGGAGCCCUCAUAUGAUAGAAAAAGUGGAUUGGUCAAACAGUGAGGACCACGCCCACAACAUCUUGUCCACCAAUGGGUGCGUGGCCAGGGCGUGGCGAGCCUUGAGCGGGCUCCUUAAGUAGCGGCUGCGUGGAUACCUUAUUUAAGACUACGACAGCACGGGGGUGUGGUGCAGAUCCCUACUGGAGCGACGUCGGGCGCGCCGGAUCUUCUUCAAGGAACCAUGUCGCGGCAAGAAGCAGACGCCAACGCCUCCUCGUGGGUCGUUGCGACCCGACGAGGCUCGGCAGUGUCCCGGGCUCCAGAAAGGAGGCCGACGGAGGAUUCAAAUCGAAGAGGUCAGGGGGUACCUAAGGGCGGCAGAGGUGGCGGCUGGAGGAAUUCCUCUGGUCUCCCGCAGCCUGUGGCGCCUGGUGCCCGCGAACCGCCGCUCUGCUUUGGAUUGAAGAACAUGUGGGUCGGCGCUGUGAUAGGUCGUGGUGGGUCAAAAAUAAAAGACAUACAAAGUACAACAAACACAAAAAUACAGAUAAUAAAAGGUUAUCCUGAUGCACAGGUCAGGAUAUUCGGUAGCAAGGGUAUGAAGGCCAAGGCCAAAACAGCGAUAGAUAAUGUUGUUAAACAACAAGAAAGUUACAGUUUAAAGCCUAGAAUUGAUAUUGUUGCAUUCCAACCUUCUGUUGGAAGAGAUUUAAGGACAGAGGGUAAUAGUACAGAGAAUCAGCCAUUGAUUGAUUGGGAUCAAAUUCGAGAAGAUGCUUUGAAAUGGAAAAAGAAAAAGUGGGAAGACUUACCUGCAAUUAAGAAAAAUUUUUACAAGGAGUCAGAAGCAACAAGUUCAAUGUCACAAGAGCAAGUAGAAAGUUGGAGGAAAGAAAAUUAUAAUAUAAUGUGUGAUGACUUGAAAAAUGGUCAGAAGCGUCAGAUACCAAAUCCUACCUGUACUUUUGAGGACGCCUUUAAACAUUACCCUGAGGUUAUGGAAAACAUUAAAAAGGCAGGUUUCAGGAAGCCGACACCAAUUCAGUCACAGACAUGGCCAAUAGUCCUACAAGGAAUAGAUCUUAUAGGAGUAUCCCAAACUGGAACAGGGAAGACAUUGUCCUACCUAAUGCCUGGAUUCAUCCAUCUCGAUUUACAGCCUGUAAUUAGAGAAAAAAGGAACGGACCCGGAAUGUUAGUCCUUAUACCCACUAGGGAAUUAGCUCUUCAAGUACAAGCGGAAUGUUCUAAGUAUUCAUAUAAAGGCCUUAAAAGUGUUUGUAUAUAUGGUGGAGGAGAUAGAAAUGGUCAGAUACAAGAACUGAAAAAAGGAGUAGAUAUUAUUAUUGCAACUCCUGGAAGACUGAAUGAUCUACAAAUGAAUAACUUUGUCGACCUCAGAAGCAUAACUUACUUGGUAUUAGAUGAAGCUGACAAGAUGCUAGACAUGGGAUUUGAACCCCAGAUAAUGAAGAUUUUAUUAGAUGUGCGCCCUGACAGGCAGACAAUUAUGACAAGUGCAACGUGGCCGUAUGCUGUCCGUCGACUUGCACAGUCUUAUUUAAAAGAGCCCAUGAUUGUAUAUGUUGGUACUUUGGACCUAAUUGCAGUAAGUACGGUGAAACAAAACAUAAUUGUCACCACAGAAGAAGAGAAGCGAUCUCAUAUCCAAACUUUUCUAGAAAACAUGUCUCCCAAAGACAAAGUCAUCGUGUUUGUUAGUAGAAAAGCUGUUGCCGAUCACUUAUCAAGUGACCUGAUCCUGCAACAUAUAUCAGUGGAGUCCCUUCAUGGCAACAGAGAACAGAAAGACCGAGAGAAAGCAUUAGAAAACUUUAAAACAGGUAAAAUAAGAAUACUGAUUGCCACAGACUUAGGAUCUCGAGGUCUUGAUGUCCACGACAUCACACAUGUUUAUAAUUACGAUUUCCCCCGGAACAUUGAAGAAUAUGUACAUAGAGUAGGCCGCACAGGAAGGGCAGGGAAGACUGGAAUGUCUAUUACCCUCAUCACUAGAAAUGACUGGAGGAUCGCUGGUGAGUUAAUUAACAUUCUGGAAAGAACACAUCAGAAUGUCCCAGAUGAACUUAUGGCAAUGGCCGAGAGAUACAAGGCAAAUAAACUGAGAAGAGAAAUGGAAAAAUUGGGGAAACCCCAAGGAAAACCUAAGAAAUGUUAUUACUAAUGUCCUUGUUGAAAAGUGGUACCAGCCUACCUACAGGAGAUUUCGAGACUUUAGAGAUACUAUUUAGGAUAUGUGGAAAUAUUGCAAACAUGCUGGCUGUAUGAAGAGAUGACUGAUUCUAAAAUAGUGUUUAAAAAGGUGGAAUUCAAUAUUUUAUACCUUUAAUAAAAUCAAACAUUUAAACUUGA